AAAUCCAUUCUUGUGCCGUUUCUCGGAAAAGCUUUUCAGUAAAUGCACUCAUGCUGCUCCAGGAGCUCUUCUCUGCAACAAGCAGCCCAUCUGCCAUCAACAAGUUAAGACCAAAAGAACUAACGGCUACGGAACAGAAAGACUGACGCUUUGAUGACCAGCAGCAAUCAAGGAGAAAAAAAAUUAAUAACUUGCAUUCAGAACUGUUUUUGGGAAUCUGAACAUCAUGGAAAAUGAAACCAAUGCUUGCUAGAGGAAUAUCCUAAGGAAAAAAACAACUCACCCUGGUGGAUUCAAUUUUAAUAGGAAAGCCUGGAACACAGAAAACAGGAAACUGGUCAAAGGCUCCUGUAUGUUAGAGCCUUUUACAGACUCACUGCGUUGAGUCUAAUAACCUCGACUGAAUGCAGCCUCCAAUGUGCACAGAAGAAUGGGCUUACAUUUCAAGUGGCCAUUAGGGGCCCCUAUGCUGGCAGCAAUAUAUGCAAUGAGUAUGAUUUUUAAAAUGCUGCCUGCCCUGGGUAUGGCAUGUCCACCCAAAUGCCGCUGUGAGAAGCUGCUAUUCUACUGCGACUCUCAGGGCUUCCACUCAGUGCCAAACGCCACAGACAAGGGCUCUCUGGGCCUGUCCCUGAGGCACAAUCAUAUCACAGAGCUUGAAAGAGAUCAAUUUGCCAGCUUCAGUCAACUUACCUGGCUUCACUUAGAUCACAAUCAAAUUUCAACAGUAAAAGAAGAUGCUUUCCAAGGACUAUAUAAACUUAAGGAAUUGAUCUUAAGUUCCAACAAAAUAUUUUACUUGCCAAACACAACUUUUACCCAACUAAUUAACCUGCAAAAUUUGGACCUGUCUUUUAAUCAGCUGUCAUCUCUGCAUCCAGAGCUCUUCUAUGGCCUUCGGAAGCUGCAGACCUUGCAUUUACGUUCCAACUCCCUGCGGACUAUCCCAGUACGUCUGUUCUGGGACUGUCGUAGUCUGGAGUUUCUGGAUUUGAGCACAAAUCGUUUGCGAAGUUUGGCUCGAAAUGGAUUUGCAGGAUUAAUCAAACUGAAAGAGCUUCACCUAGAGCACAACCAGCUGACAAAGAUUAAUUUUGCUCAUUUCCUCCGGCUAAGCAGUCUGCACACGCUCUUCUUACAAUGGAACAAAAUUAGCAACUUGACAUGUGGGAUGGAGUGGACCUGGAGCACUUUAGAAAAGCUAGAUCUGUCUGGAAAUGAAAUCAAAGCCAUCGACUUGACAGUAUUCGAAACGAUGCCUAAUCUUAAAAUACUCCUCAUGGAUAACAACAAGUUAAACAGUCUUGAUUCCAAGAUCUUAAGCUCCCUGAGAUCCCUCACAACUGUGGGCCUCUCAGGCAACCUAUGGGAAUGCAGCCCCCGAAUAUGUGCUCUGGCCUCCUGGUUAGGCAGUUUCCAAGGUCGGUGGGAGCAUUCCAUCCUAUGCCACAGCCCUGACCACACCCAAGGAGAGGAUAUUCUAGAUGCAGUCCAUGGAUUUCAGCUCUGCUGGAAUUUAUCAACCACUGUUACUGCCAUGGCUACAACUUACAGAGAUCCAACCACUGAAUAUACAAAAAGAAUAAGCUCAUCAAGUUACCAUGUGGGAGACAAAGAAAUCCCAACUACUGCAGGCAUAGCAGUUACUACAGAGGAACACUUUCCUGAACCAGACAAUGCCAUCUUUACUCAGAGAGUAAUUACAGGAACAAUGGCUUUAUUGUUUUCUUUCUUUUUUAUUAUUUUUAUAGUGUUUAUCUCCAGGAAGUGCUGCCCUCCCACUUUAAGAAGAAUUAGACAGUGCUCAAUGAUUCAGAACCACAGGCAGCUCCGAUCCCAAACACGACUCCAUAUGUCAAACAUGUCAGACCAAGGACCGUAUAAUGAGUAUGAACCCACCCAUGAAGGACCCUUCAUCAUCAUUAAUGGUUAUGGACAGUGCAAGUGUCAGCAGCUGCCAUACAAAGAAUGUGAAGUAUAAUAUCUACUCGUCAUCAAAAAUCACAUCAGAUAAGUAACCUAUUUUACAUAGUAGGGGAUAAAUACAUUAUCUAAUUUUUACCAUUGGUGACAUUAAGCCAAACCAAGUGGAGACUUAGUUUUUCAAGUGUUAAAGUAUUUUUAAUUUUUUUAAUGAAACCAUAUUUUAAGUGUUAAAUGAAGCAAUGCUCACAUUAAUUUGCAUUCUUGUUGGAAAGUCUAAAAUACUUCAAAAUAAGACAUUUCAUGUAUGUAAUUAUAUAUUAUUGUGUGCAAACAUUUAUACUAAGGUCUCCAUAUGCUAUGUUUUUCUACUGAAAACAGUUUGGGGAGAAGCUAUUGAACAAAAACAGAUAUGGAUCAAUACCUGUUUGAUCAUUGCUCUACACCCAAUAUAUCAACUGGCUUUCUGCUUAAAAAGUCAGCAAAGUUCUCUUGUAUGAUAAUUUGGUUAUUUACUAUUACAUAUCUAUAAUCUGCCAGCGUGAGAAGUAGAUGUACAUGUAUGCUAAAGGCUGAUAAAUAUUAAACACUCUCUUCUUCCAGAGAUUUAUCCCCCCCCCCCCACACACACCCUGGGCUAGAAGAUAUCAAGGUCCACAUCACAAAAUCAAAAUUCUUUAUGUAACUCUAAUAAUCUGAAAUAAUUCUUUAACAUAUUUAAACAGUAAGUGAAUCCAAAUGAUUGUAAAAAGGCCUCAUUACAAUGAAAUCAAUACUGAAUAAUUAAAGACUGAUCAUAUAUCUUUAGUCUGACUUGUAACAGAAAUGUUGAUUUUUGUGGCAUUUUGACUAUUUUUGAAUGUAUUAAAUUGCCAUUUUACUGAUUAACUUACUAAGUCCUUUAUUUACAUUGUAAAGGGUUAGAAAUUAUUUGAGAAAAGAUAAACUGAGUCAAUUAAACAAUCCUAACACGUUCAAUCAAGUUUAGGAAAUACCCCUCUAAAAGUUAUCUAUCAUCUCCCACUCCUGUCAUGUUUAAAUAAGCCUUGACAAAGAAUUUUAAGCUUCUAUCUUUAAACCUCAAAGAGACAAAUGAAAAAUAAUUGGGUAGCAAAAGUCAUGACACUGGUUAUUAUAAAGGAUCCAUAAAACAUUACUUUAUAAAACUGAUUUUUCCCUUUCAAUAAAAAUACGCAUUCAGAUUGUAUGAUUCCUUUUGAGGCAGGACCAACAUAUCACUGAGGUGACUCUUAUGGUGCAACACUUGACGUGCUUAUACUGCCACACAGCAGUAACUGGAAGGCAGCACAGAGGUGAAGGGAUGAAGAGCAAAGAAUGAUUUGGAAACCUGAUUCUCAGGCCUAACAACAAAAUCCAGCCCAAGGCUUCCUAAGGAGCCCCAGCUAGAAAUCCAAAAUGAAAGAGCCAUCUGUGACCAACUCUGACCCACUGAGGCCAUAACUCAUCCUUUAUUCAGGAAUGAGAUUUAAAACUGCAGCCUCAGAGGCAAUCCCCAAAGCCUUUUACAACUUUCAAGGACUUCACCACCAAAAAGCCAGGAAAGAGAUGCAAAGAGUCACAGCUCUUCACAAGAG